AUGCCUGUAUACACCACCCCCUCCCUUCUACUCAUUCUUCUUCCUCUCAAUGGAUAUCUUCCACCGCUGUCCGCCACUACCACCACACAGGCUUAUGCUUUUUCUUCUUCCUAG